AUUUGACGCAGUGUCAAAAUCAAUCAAGCGGGAAGAGGAAGUCUUAUAACACUGACGUAUAUAUUAAGUACGCAUACAUGUUCAUGUUUACAUUUAAGGAUACAAACGACUGAUCAACCUCAGCAUGACAGAUAAUUAUACUGAUUAUGGCGAAGUCCUUCGGAACAGAUAUCAUGGCAUUUCUCUUAGCAGUACAAUUUUAAUCGUAAUUGGAGCAAUUAUAGGUAUCGUUGGAAACUGUACAGUAAUAUUUUUCUACUUUAUUAGAAUUAAGGAGAGAGGUGAGCGUUACUUCAUCCCACUUUUGGCCAUUGUGGAUUUAGUUGCAUGCUUAACAAGUUCCUCGUUCUAUAUAAUGGACAACACCUUCUUCUACAAUUAUCCAAAUGACAUAGUGUGUCGAAUUUUGACAUUCUUGCAAGUGUUUGUUCCAGGAUUUUCAGCGCAUAUUCUAUUGGUUAUUUGUGUUCAAAGAUAUCUUUUAGUAUGCAAACCUUUUGGGCCAAAGAUGACAUUAUUAUGGAAAAAGAUAUCGUUUGCAGCUGCUUGUUUAUUUUCGUUAGUUUAUUCAGUACCCCUUUUAGGAAUAUCAGGGAUUAAAACAACCGAUGAAAAUUUCUUGAAUCACACAGUUCAAACAACGAUUUGUAAAUUUUCUGCAGUAGACACAUCCGUAAAAAUUACAGCUUUCUUUGGUUUUCUCGGUUUGAUCAUCGUGGCCAAUAUCAUUAUUACCGCAGCACUCUACAUUCCAGUUCUAAGAAGAAUUCACAUGUCUUUAUCUGGAAAGACGGUGAAAAGUGUAUUUUACAAGAUUCAAGAUGGAAAUACGCCAUCUAAUACUGAAUCGGCAUCUCAACCAACAAAUGCAAGUUUAAUAGAUUCCGAUUUACAUCUUUCAGUAUCGGAACCAACACAGCAAAGCGGAAUUGAGAAGACGGAAUAUGACUCUAAGCAUAAUGAGAAGUGUAGAAACAAGGAAUUUGCAAACAUGUUUUCUAAUAAAGAGCCAUCUCAUAAUGAUGUAGUCAAGGAUAAUUCUAUCAAUAAUGCCGUCAAAUCUGAAGAAAUAGUGGCUACGGAUAAUGAAAUCAAACAUGAUGGCAGUUCGAAAACGAGAAAUGACUCCGUAAAAAGAAGAAUAACCAUCAUGUUUUUUGUCAUAAUUCUCGCCUAUAUUUUAUCAUAUAUUCCAUCUUUGAUUAUUUUAAUACUUUCCUAUGCAAUUGGUGAUUUUAAUUUUAUUACUUUAACAGAGGGCGAAACAAUUGCUUGGAUAUAUCUUGCACGCUUCGUUUUCCUCAACCAUAUAGUGAAUCCUUUCAUAUAUAGUUAUUUCGAUGUGAAGUUUAGAACAGAAUUGAAGACAUUCUUUAUUUGUAAACACAAUCAACGGUAAUAAUAAUAAUCUUUUAAAAAAGAGAAACUGGUCGUACAAAAGAAACAUACAAUAACAAGCUCGAACGCAUAUAUAAAUAAACAUUAUAUAAAAACGACCGUUCAUAUUAGAGUGUAGGACUGUAUGAUUUCAUCUCAACAGGUUUAGUUCUUUAUUUCAUUGAUGCGAUGUUUUAUUGUUUGUUUUUGUUAUAUAGUAUUCCAGUACAAUAGAGUUAAGUACGGAAUAGUUUAUUACAUAAAAAGUUAGUUUAUCUU